UGAGGGAUGCCGGGGUUGGUGCUGCGACGCUGAUACUCGGGAAGGGUCUCGAAGUUGUCGGUGGUGAACACGGUGCGGUUGAUCGCGAAGUGAGUCUUGUCCUCAGGAGUUAAUAAGAGGUACGCAAGCGCUGGAUCGGGCUGAGCGCUGUUGAGCACGUAAUGAGCUCGGUUGGGCCAGUUAGCGUAGGCCUCGCCGUUGUAGUAAGUCUCGAUGUCGCGACGAGAGUAUGUAGUUACAACGGGAGCAGGGGCCGGAGCAGGGGCCGGGGCAGGCUUGGGUUCGGGAGUAUCGUCGUCGUCGUCGCCGGUGAGAUCGAUGAACGUGCUGGUAUUGGUUGGAGGCACCUAGCCUGCCUGACCACUACCACCUCGCUGACCACCGGAAGUGUAGUUCAUACUAGCGCCCGCCAUGCCAGUGUUACUACCGCCACUCGAAGGACCAGAACCGUCACUUUGUGCAGCGCGAAUGCGCUCGGGGACGUAGUUGUAAGGCAUCACCUCAGGCUCUGCUGCUCCGCUCUGAUCAGCGCGGCGGAAAGGAGGAACGUAAGGGUCGAAUAGAAAGUUAUCCAUGGUUAAUGGUUGAUGGAAGCUUGGCUUACGUGCGAUAGGUAUUCCUUUGCAGUGAAAGACGAGUGUUGGAU